AUGGGGAAACUUGUUGAGGACGUGCCUCCAUUCACACCUGGUCAAAACAUCAGAGCUCAGACUUAUAUGUAUGAACUCCCGUCGCGCCUAUCAAUUCAUUUUAUCUUAAGAACAGUUGCAAAAACUCCAUUGACACUCUUGCUUACCGUGUCACCAUAG